GUGUGGGCUGGGCUGGACUGGGCCCUUCUGUCCUUCUUGAGGCCAGGAGGGGAGAGGGCACAGGGUGGUAGCUGCCCAGCGGUCCAGCGCCGGAAGGGAAGUAGCCGCCCGCGACCCUCCGUCGUGACCCCGGGCGGAGGAGGGAAGCCGGUCCCGCGGCGGGAUGGCCGCGAGUCCGCUGGCGGUGGCGGUGGCGGUGGCGGGGCUGGUGGCGGCGGCGCCCGGGGCCCCGGCCUCGGCGGCCCGCCCGCUGCUGGUCUUUCUGCUGGACGGCUUCCGCCACGACUACAUCGGCCCCGGCGAGCUGGAGGCGCUGCCCGGCUUCAAGGCCGUCGUGGACGGAGGCGUGAAGGCGGACCACCUGACGCCGGACUUCCCCAGCCUGUCCUACCCCAACUACUACACGCUGAUGACCGGCCGGCACUGUAACGUCCAUCAGAUGACCGGAAACUACAUGUGGGACCCCAAGACGAACAAGUCGUUUGACAUCGGGGUCAACCAGGACAGCUUGCUGCCCCUCUGGUGGAAUGGCUCGGAGCCUCUGUGGGUCACCAUGACCAAGGCCAAGAGGAAGGUCUCCAUGUAUUACUGGCCAGGCUGCGAGGUUGAGAUCCUCGGAGUCCGGCCGUACCGCUGCCUCGAGUACAAGACCGUCCCGACGGACAGAGAUUUCGCCAACGCCGUCAACAACGCUCUGGACGCACUCAAGAGCCACAGCACGGACCUGGCGGCAGUGUACCACGAGCGUAUCGACGUGGAAGGCCACCACUACGGCCCCGACUCGGCGCAGCGGAAGGCGGCCCUCAGAGCCGUGGACCGGGUCCUCGGGGACAUGAUGCGGCGCAUACAGGAAGAGGGGCUGCAGGACCAGUUGAACGUCAUCCUGUUCUCAGACCACGGCAUGACGGACAUCUUCUGGAUGGAGAAGGUGAUCGACCUGCAGCAGUUCGUCGACCCGAAGGACAUCACGCAGACCAAGGACCAGGGCCCCGUGGUCAGCCUGUGGCCAGCGCCCGGGAAGGAGGCUGAGGUGUACGGACGGCUGAGAGAGGUGGAGCACAUGACCGUGUACCGGAGAGAGGCCAUCCCCGACCACUUCCAUUACAAGGAAGGGAAGUUCGUGUCGCCCCUCACCCUGGUAGCCGACAAGGGAUGGUUCAUAACUGAGAGCAAGGACAAGCUCCCGUUCUGGGAAAACGUCACCGGGCGCAGGGAAGGCUGGCAGCGCGGCUGGCACGGCUACGACAGCGAGCUCAGGGACAUGUGGGGGAUCUUCCUGGCCUUCGGACCCGACUUCAAGCCGGGAUUCCGGGCGGGCCCGGUCCAGGCGGUGGACGUGUACAACGUCAUGUGCAGCGUGGCGGAGAUCCCGCCCUUGCCCAACAACGGCUCCUGGUCCCGAGUGGCCUGCAUGUUCCGGAGCGCCGGCCCCGCCCUCCGGGCGCCCGGCUGGACGCUGCUUCUCCUGCUCGCCUGGGCGGCGGCGUGACGGCCCCCGGCACCCAGGGCCUCCGGAGUCGGCCCGCGGCCCUCCCCCUCUCUGGGGUAGGGUCGGGACAUCACUGACGGGCCCCGCCCCGGCCGGGGAACAACCUAAGCCUCCGAUCUCUUACCUGUAAUCCCCUCGACCCCAGCCCCCGGACCCCGGGAUCGGGGAGGCUCCCUCUCCCGUCCGAGGUCCGGGGCGGCGCGGACAGCGUGCGUUCUCGGUUGACGCUCCCUAUCCGGCUCAGAUUCCGGUCAGUUCCCGGGUGGCCGGUGGCCGCCGGCCUGGCCGGGGGCCGGGCCCCCCCGCCGCUGCACGGCCCCCCGAGCUGGUCGCUUUCUUUGCUUACCUUCUGAGCUCGGCCCCGCCAGGCUCAGUCCCGGACCGUCCUGACAUCGGCCCCUCCUUAGCGGGGACUGCUCGCCGGGGUGUCUUCGACGUGGACGGUGUCGACGGUUUGAAUCGUGGGCGGGUCCGUCCUCCGGUGCGGCAGCAGGGGUAUUUACUGGGCGCCUGCUCUGUACUGCAGGGUGCCGUACUCAGUGUCCACUGUGGGCGGAACACCUGACUGGGCAAGCUCUGGGUGCAGAACACUGGACCGGCUACCCAUUGGGUGCCGAGUGCAGGACCGUACGCCCACCGGGAGCAAAGCGCCCAGGACGGGGCCGUGCACGUGGUGACCGUUCAGUCGAUACCGAGGGGAUGACCUCGACGGGGGCACCAGGAUGUCUGGAGGAAGCAGAUGCUGGUUGCCAACCUGGACGCCCACCCUCGGGAUUAGAGACGGACCAUCCGACAUACCGACUCUCCCGUCUCCAUCUCUGAGUCUCCCCCAGUGACCCAGUACGGCCCAUCCAACACCCCUGACUCUCCCCCCCCUCCAUCCCUGACUCCCCUGCAGCGACCAAAAUGGGCCAUCCCACCCCGCC